GGGGGAGGAGAGCGGAGCGGGCCGGGCCGGGCAGGGCAGCGGCGGCGGCCGGGCCGGGGGAGCGCGGCCGGCUCGGGACCCCCUUCCUCCGCCGCGGGGCUCGGCUCCAUGCCCGCGGCGGGGGCGCGGCGGCGGGGCAGGUAGCGGCGCGGCUCGGCUGCCCCUCCCGGGGCCGGGCCGGGGCGGGGGGGGGCUCGGGCCCGGCCCGCCCCUCUCCCCUCCCUCCAAUUUCUCCUUCCUCCCGUUCCCCGGCCCCUCGGCCGGGCGAGGCGAGGCAGGAGCCGCCGCUCCCGGCGCCCAGCCCGGCUCCUUCGGGGAUGCGGCAGCCGCGCCCCGGAGCUCUGCCCCUGGGAGAGCUGCCCGGCUGAGGGGGCACCGGAGGGUACCAUGAGCGGCGGCAGGUUCGACUUCGAUGAUGGAGGUGCCUACUGCGGGGGCUGGGAAGGGGGCAAAGCCCACGGGCACGGUAUCUGCACCGGCCCCAAGGGCCAGGGCGAGUACUCGGGCUCCUGGAACUAUGGCUUCGAAGUGGUGGGCAUAUACACGUGGCCCAGUGGCAACACCUACGAAGGCUACUGGUCCCAAGGCAAGAGGCACGGCCUAGGAAUCGAGACCAAAGGACGGUGGGUUUACAGAGGCGAGUGGACCCAUGGCUUUAAGGGACGGUACGGCACGAGGCAGAGCAUGAGCAGCGGAGCCAAGUACGAAGGUACCUGGAAUAACGGCCUGCAGGAUGGCUAUGGCACCGAGACGUAUGCUGACGGAGGCACGUAUCAGGGCCAGUUCACCAGCGGCAUGCGGCAUGGCUAUGGCGUGCGGCAGAGCGUGCCCUAUGGCAUGGCCUCCGUGGUCCGCUCCCCGCUGCGCACCUCCCUCUCCUCCCUGCGGAGCGAGCACAGCAACGGCACCCUGCCCCAGCAGGACUCCCCCGCCGCCAACCCCGAGAGCCUGCCCCUCUCUCCCACCAUCACCCGCGGGGGCUUUGCCCUCAGCCUCUACGCGGAGGCGGAGGCCGGCAAGCCGAAGAAGGGGGGGCUUUUCCGCAGGGGCUCCUUGCUGGGGAAGCUGAAGAAGUCUGAGUCCAAGUCAUCCCUGGCCAGCCAGAAGAGCCGCGUCAGCUUCCUCAAGAGCGAGAGCGGGAUCAGCUCGGCCGCCAGCGACGCCACCUCCACUAUCAGCCUGGGCGAGGGCGCCGAAGGCGAGGAGUACCCCCCCUUCGAGUCCGACAUCGACGCCACCACCACGGAGACCUACAUGGGCGAGUGGAAAAACGACAAGCGCGCCGGCUUCGGCGUCAGCGAGCGGUCCAGUGGGCUGAAGUAUGAGGGCGAGUGGCUGGACAACCUGCGGCAUGGCUAUGGCUGCACCACGCUGCCCGAUGGCAAGAAGGAGGAGGGCAAGUACCGCCACAAUGUCCUCGUCAAGGGCAUGAAGAAGCGUGUGAUACCCCUCAAGAGCGCCAAGAUCCGGCAGAAGGUGGACAGGAGCGUGGAGGGGGCUCAGAGGGCUGCAGCCAUUGCCCGGCAGAAGUCGGAGAUUGCGGCGUCCAGGACGGCUCAUGCCAAAGCCAAGGCUGAAGGGUCAGAGCAGGCAGCUCAGGCUGCUAACAACGAAUCGGGCAUAGCCAGAAUGAUGGCCAGGGAGCUCUCCCCGGACUUCUAUCAGCCAGGCCCCGAGUACCAGAAGCGGAAGCUGCUGCAGGAGAUCGUGGAGAACGCCGAGCACGCCGUCAACAUGGAGGAAGAGGCGCCGAGGCCCGAGGGCGCCCCGCCGCCCCCCACGCCCCCCGAGAGCCCCCAGCUCCACGAGCAGGACGAGGCCCGCCGCCGCGCCAGCCCGGCCCCCAGCCCCGCCGCCACCCCUCCCGAGGCCAAGCGGGCCAAGGCGGCCCCCCGCCACGACGGCGCCCUCCAUCCGGGCAGCUGGGCCGAGGCGGGCGGCCGGCCGGGCGGCGGGAGCCCCGCGCCCCCCGAGGGCGAGGGCCGGCCGGCCUCAAGGGGCUGGGGGCAUCCGGCCGAGCAGAUGGAGAUCGGGCCGCUGCAGAGGAUGGCGCGCGAGCCCGACGUCGAGCUCUUCAAGGGCUACCACAGCUACGCCGUCCGGACCUCCCCGGUCUCCCCCGCCGCGGACUAUGAGGAGGAGCCGCUGCCCGAGCCUGAGCCGCCCUCCCCGGAGCCCCGGGGGGGUACCCCCGCCCCGCCGCAGGAGCGGGAGGAGAAGCCGUCGGCCAGGGCGGAGGCCAAGCCGGAGCCACCCCGGCCCAAGGAGCUGAAGCAGCGGCCCAGCCCCGAGCGCAGGGCGGCGGGCCGGGCCGAGCCCGCUGCCGACAGGAAGACUGAGGCCAGGGCACCGGGGCGGACGGAGCCCAAGGCGGGGGCCAAGCGGAGCCCGGCCCCGGCCCCGGCCCCGGCCCCGGCCCCGGCCCCGGCAGCGGCGGUAGCGGCAGCACGGGAGGCGGAGGAGUGCGAAGAGGGACCUAACACAGUCGUGAUCUGCAUGGUCAUCUUAUUGAACAUUGGUCUGGCCAUCCUAUUUGUACAUUUUUUGACAUGAUGUGACCCCUGGACAAGGCAUUGCUGCUGAUGGAGACCACAGACCUUGGCGGGGAUUAAAUCUCAGCCACCUGGAAACACCUAAGAGGAGGACUUGGGAUCCCAAGGUUGCACUGCAAACAUCAACCUUAAAUGAAAGCGCCUGAAGAUCAGUUCAGUCUCCCUGGUCUCAGGCUGUGGCUGGCCUCUGCAAUCUACCAAGGAAAAGCCAGGGUUUCUGCAAUUCAGCCUCCUUGUCUUCUGUGUAUAAACUAGCAGUUGCCUUAAAUUGUUCUCACCAAAGCCAUCAACUUUCCUGUCAUGCCAGGGAUGAGGAAUUUAUCUGUAGCUGUAGGAAAACAAGUGAGGUCUCAUGCGUGCACACUGAUGUGUUUUGUAACUCCCUUGGUUGACUCAGUGUCAGAGAUUUCCCAAAGAAUAUCAUCCAUGCGUGGAGAUGAAACAAUACACAGCAACCAAAAGACUCACGAGAGCUGCGCCACGGCUAGGGGUGGACAAUGUCGCCCUCCAUGCUUGGAAGUCAUCCAAAUGGACAAACAAAAAGUCUUUCCUUUCCCUGUCGCCUGGAGUCUUUUUCCACGUAUGGAGGACUGAGAGGGGGAGCAAGUUGAAAUUGGGCUUAUCGAAGUGUAACCAGAGUCCUGCCCACGCCUGCUGAAGUGCCACGGAUGGGGGCUGUGGGGUGGGGUGCGAGGGACUGGCUGAUCCGAGGCUGUUCAUGCAUGUGGGGAGUGCUGCAGUGGAGAUGGUGCCCGUUUCGGGACCAGGUGCCGUCCAAGCGCUCUCCAGCCACCAGCAAUACUCUGCACAGAGGCGUCUUGCAGUGGGAGACUUCCCACUGUAACAGGAAGGGAAGUAGGUGUGCUGAAUUUGUCCCUUUACCCCUUUUUUCUAUGAAAAUGUUGUGACUUAAAAUGAAAAGGAGGUACUUACUGAAAAACACCACCAUACACCUGCAUGUUCCUCCCCUUGGCACGCUGGGCUGCAGCGGGGCUCCUGGGCUCUCUCAUUGCAAGAGUGAACAAACUUUCAACCAGAGGAUGCAGGGUGGCUGUCGUGGGAGAGGUUACAUUAUUCCUGAAAGAAAAAAAGGUGCAGAGACCCGAGUGACUCCAGUGUAUUUGGGUGUUAGGCUCAAAAAUACACAGCAGCCAGACUUUCAGCGGUGGUAGAGUGCAGUGGGGCAAUUCUAGCUGUUGUUCUUGUGUGCGAGGCUUAGAGGCCUGGGCCAUUUGCACCGAUUCUUCCCAAAGCUGCAACAGAGUGACCUUUGGAAGGAGAUGUUUCCACCAUGAUCUGCUCCAAUCCUUAGCAGUGUGAGCUUAGAAAGUCGGCACAGAUGAAGUUACAGUUUAGUGUGAAGCUGAGUGCUUGGACAUGUUUCUUCCUUCUUUUAAGAGCAGGAUGUAUUUUCUAUCCCUUUUUAAGAUAAUCAGAAAUGUUAUUUAUAGUCGGUUGUGCACCUCUGUGUAUCCUGAAGUCCCACAGCACAGGACUGGGUGGGAAAACCUGAGGGACUGGAAAGAAUGGGGAAAUGAUGGUUAAGGAAAAAAACAGAUGCCCAGUCUGCUCCAAAGGUCAAUCUGAAAGGAUUUCAGAGAUGGGGUGGCAGACAGGCAGGGGUUUACACUGACUGGCAAUACAGGGCAAAACCUGCCUAAUUUAUCUGCUCUAAUUAUAGCAUAAGAGAGUGAGAAUAAUUCAGUACUUUUCUUUGUGAACCAAGUUUAUUUUUUAACCUUACUCAGCUCAGGAACGUUGCCACAGUAGCAAACACAUGGUGUUAACUGUGGGAGAAGUGAAUGUGAUCCCUUCCUAAAAGCCAUGUGGCUGUACCAGUCCUGAGAAAGCUGUGCAGCAUCAUCUACACUUCCACAGAGCAUAGUUUAGUAGCAAUUUGCCUCUUUCCUUUUUUUCUUAAGUAUAAAUGUAUUGCAAACCCCAGGCUCUGCUGCCUUUGACACUUUAUCUCCAUUUGCUGGCACUCACUUGCCAGCUCUGCAGUUUCAAUAUGCCAACUGCUUUUAUUAACCACCAAGACAAUUUCCGUUGAGAGACCUGAGGGGCUUUUAUUUAUCACUAAGCACAAAAAUGGAUCUUUUUCAACAGUGCUAAGGUAAUUCCCCCCCGCCCCAAUUUUUUAUGCAUGUGAUGUGCACUCGGUAAUGUGCUUUCCUCCUAGUAACCUUCUGAGAAAAGUAGGUAGAUUUGCUUUUAUGUGACAUAUAAAUAUAUCCAUAUCACGCUGAGAUAUGGAGAUAUAUAUAUAUAUAUAGCCCCUUAGGGAUUUUGUUUUCUUAGAUGCAAAAAUAACGGAUUUACCUCAAAAUGCAUGCUUUCAAAACUGACUAGGAUAUUGUGUUAUACUUUUCAGGUCUUACAAAGAUGCAGAUAUAUUUCACUCUUCACACAAAAAUACCUUCAUCACAGAUUUUGCAAGCUGUUUACUACAAUCUGUGUACUACUGUCCGGAGUUUUCUGUCGGUUGUUCUGCUGGAUUACGUGCAAUAAUAAACAGUUAUCUGCUCACUGUA